AUGAGCAGUGGUGGUGGGUUUAGGGUUUCAAUCCCAACCAGUGUGAGGAAGACGAUCCAGGACAUCAAAGAGAUCACCGGCAAUCACAGCGAGGAAGAAAUCUAUGCAAUGCUCAAGGAAUGUAACAUGGAUCCCAACGAGACCGCUCAGAAGCUUCUCCUUCAGGAUCCAUUUCAUGAGGUCAAAAGGAAACGUGACAAGAGAAAAGAGAAUCUGAGCAACAGAGAGUCUUCUGAGCCACGGUGGAGACCUGGAAUGCAGGGCAAGGGGGGUAGGGGUGGUCGGGUGAAUUUUUCACCUCGUCAUAUACCACAUGAUGCUGGUGGUGGCAGGAACUCAGGUCCUGGAACUGAGAAUGGACCUGCUCAGGUUGCAGAGAAAGGUGUUGCUCCCUCUUUGCCAACCUCUCAUGAGACAAAAACUAAAGAGAGAAGUCUCAUAACAAGCUCUGUACCUGCUAUUGUGGGUGGUCCUACCAAUGUGGCUUCUGGAACUACUACCGUUGUGCCUGCCUCGCAGUCAUCUGCUGGAACAAGUGGUGAAAUAAGUUUUUCAUUGGUUGGAGAUAAUUCGGGUAGCUCGGCCUCCCCGGUGGAUGCUAAAAAAGUUCCUGGCAGUGCAUUUGGAAAUGAGGACUUGCAUGAGCAGGCUGCUCCAAGCUCCAGCAGUAGCUCAGUUUUGCCAAACCCAGUGUCUACAUUAGGAGCAUGCUUCUCCUCGUCUGAUCCUGUACUGGUGCCAUCUAAUGAUUCACGGCUCCCAGGUUCUGUGGGCACAAUCAAACGCGAAGUUGCAACCCAUAACCCUCCUGCUUCUGAGGUUAGCAGCUCUUUAGCACAAGGUAAAACAACUAGCAAAACGCAGGGAGUUGGGAAAGCUCAGCCCUCUGAUCUUUCACAUCCUUCUUCUGCGUCAACUCAUGGCGGUUCGGUUAGUCGGACACCAUCUAAUUAUAGUAGCCGGUCGCAACAACUAAUUGGGACUCAAAAAGUUGGUACCAACAAGGAGUGGAAACCAAAGCCCAUAGUUUCUGCCGUUGUUCAAGGUCAAGCAACAGCUAAUGCAGCCGCAUCUGAGGCGCCUGCUGAUUUGGUAGAGGUCUCAUCGCAGUCACAGCCUGUUCCAAGUGUCCUUGAUUCAGAAGAAGCAAAUUCAAAACUGCAGAAGAAGCUAGAGGAAUUGCACCUUCCACAGCUUCCGCAGCGCAAAUUAGUUAUUCUUCCAAAUCAUAUACAUGUUCCUGAGUCUGAACGAAACAAGUUGAGUUUUGGAAGUUUUGGGGCAACUUUUGGUGUAACGAAUAGCUGUGUCAGUGGUCCUGAGAGCGAGAAGAGCUCUACACCUCAGUCGGAAACUUCUCAGGUUAUUGAAGAAUCUGUGGAGGAACAGUCCUCAAGCAAUCAAACUGUGUUGGCAACUGCUGAUGUGGGUGAUUUUCCUGAUCAUCCGCAAUCACCUACUCAUAUACUAGAAAAUCUAUCAUCUGGUGAGGGCGAUGUCUCAUCCAGUGCAGCCCAAGGACAUAAUGAAUCUAAGCAUGACAGUGUAAUGACUUCUGGAAGUCAUCAGCUCCCGGUGGCUAAUACUUCUCCAAAUUAUAGUUUUGGGAUUGUGCCUCCAAUUUUGGGGAGUCAGCUUGCGGCAUUUGAAAACUCCGAAUCUCAAGCACAUGAUGUAUCUCGGCUUCCAAGCUUUGUAGUUCAACAACCCUUUGAUCCAGCAAGUUAUUAUGCCCAGUUUUACCGUUCAGCUGCUGAUAGUGAUGGUCGCCUGUCUCCUUUUCCAUCUCCUGGGGUAUCCACAAAGUACAAUGGCAAUGUUGGAGUAUUGCCUCCAAGUUCUCAGUCUCCACAAGAGGGUGGGGCUCUUUCAGCAGCUGGUCCAACACCAUUGGUGACACAGGCUCCUGGGCUUGUGCAAAGCUCAAUAGCUGUAACUCAGCAGCCACUUCCUGUCUUCCGACCACCAGCUGGGGUGCACAUAUCUCAUUAUCCUAACUACCUUCAUCCUUACAGUCACUACUUCAGCCCAUUCUAUGUUCCACCUCCAAUCCACCAAUAUUUGGGUAAUGGGGCAUUUCCUCAACAACCUCAAGCAGGUGGUGUGUACCCAGCUCCAUCACCAGCAGCUGCUGCCACUGGAGUCAAAUACUCACUGCCACAAUACAAAGCAGGGACUAAUACUGGAAACUCAAAUCACAUGGGAAUGGCAAGUGGAUAUGGGCCCUAUGGCUCUUCCCCAGCUGGUUAUAAUCCCAGUCCUGCCACAACUGCGGGAAACACUACUGCUAAUGAAGAUCUUAGCACAUCUCAGUUCAAGGAGAAUAAUGUAUACAUUACUGGACAGCAGAGUGAAGGUUCAUCUGUAUGGGUUGCUGCACCUAACCGAGAAAUGCCCAGUUUAACAAGUUCAUUUUACAACCUUCCUGCACAGGGUCAGCAUGUGUUCACUCCAACACAGGCCGGCCAUGGUACCUUUGCUGGUCUCUACCACCCUGCACAAGCAGUAUCAGCUGCAGCUGUCCAUCCACUUUUGCAACAGUCCCAAACCAUGGCUGGGACAGUUGACAUGGUGGGACCUGGGGGCAAUGUUUAUCAGCAGCCUCAGCAUGCACAACAAAUGAACUGGCCUAGCAACUACUGAAACAGUAGAAUUGCAAGUCCAAUCUUGGGAAUUGUUUUGGGCAACUCAAACUAUUUUGGAUGGAGGGACACAUCAAGAAGAUACCGAGUUGGCAGAGAUUGAGUGUAAAUCUGUAAAAGGAGGCUGAAAAAAAAAAGGUGCUGGUAGUAUCUUCUGAUUGUUUGGGUUGAGGACAUAAAAGGUGCAAUCCACCUGUAACUGAUAUUGACCAUUUUAGUUAGUCAAGGUAGAAAUGGCAGGUCUUCUUUUUUCUGCUGCUUUAUGGUGUUACCAUUUUCCCCUUCUCUUAGUUUCAAGUCCUCUCUUGUCUCUUCCGCUUCCUUCUCUCCUUUGGUUUUACUUUCUACAUUUCUUUGGAAGUUUCUUGAACUUAGAAUUUACUGUUGAGUGGUGAGAAUCUCUUUCAUUCUUUUACUAUGAGGUUUUAUAGGUUUUGGAAGGUAAGAUAUAGGCUGGUGAAGAAUUUUCCAAUUCCAUUGUUCUCUUUCUGCUGUCUUACCUGUAAAGUGAAUUUUGAUAGCAAGGAAAAAUCUGUAUUUAACUGUUGUAUUGGUAUAACAGAAGCAGACAUCUCAAUUGUUUUAGUU